AUGAUGGCGAAAAUUCGGGCCGAGAAUAGGAAAUUGAGGGCGCAGCUGAAGCAAAGGCGCCUGAAACGUAAAUGCAGAAAUUUUAAGCGUGCCAAAAAUUUAGCGAUUGGCCACAGAGGAGACAAAGAGGUUCAUGUUGGACGAGGGGUUUUUCUCCCGAUACCGAUGUACGAUACUAUAGUCAGUCAGUCUAAGUCUGGUCAACAAUUUGUUCGGAGUGUCUCUGCCGCCAUAUUUGGGUAUGAAACUUUAGCCAAGUGUUCUGUUACCGGAAAGUUCUGUAAUAGAACUAAAACGAUAAAACCUCAGCUGGACCCCACAAAGCUGCGAGCUGUUAAAGACAUCUAUAGACACUACUUGGAAUCCAAAGGGAUGCCACAGAACGACGUAGAAUACGAACUGGAAAAAACCCACAUGUACAUAGCGCGAAAAAUUGCAGACGUGUGUAAACAACAAAAGAAAACAGAAGAAAGCGACAAAACUUAGUCUUAUGUACAUUAAUAAAUUUUUACUCCCAA